UAUUUCCGCUGAACUGCAUUCUGGUAUUGUCCCUUGAACUAGUUCGUACGAGAGAAAAUGGCUUCGUUGUUAUGUCGUGCACGUGUUUUGGCUGUAGCUGGUCGUUCAUUGAUGGUAUCAUCAGUGAGGACCAUGUCGAAACCCGGUGGUAUACCUCUAAAUGUGGAUCAUGCUACUGGUAUGGAAAAAUUGGAAAUGGACAUGAAAGAGGCUGGGUUAGAGGAUCCUUUUGAUCUGAAAGUCAAAAAUGUAGUACCAGGAACCAGGGAGAGUCCAACACUAGUACCUUCAAUUUUUGAGAAGCGCAUGGUUGGCUGUGUUUGUGAGGAAGAAGCUACCGUAGUCAAUUGGAUGUGGCUUGAGAAAGGCGGUGUACAGCGCUGUGAAUGUGGCCAUUUUUUCCAAUUAACAGAAGCAGCACCUCUACAGCCUGUACAGAGAGUUUGAAUCAGUACUGACAACAUCAAUCUCAAUUGAGUAGAUUAUAUAUAAGUCAUUAUUUUAUUGGGUUUCUGGAUGGAUUUACCGUGUGCAGUUAGCUCUUUAUUUCCAGCAUGAACUGUUGAUCUCAGUGUCACUUCAACCCUUCAACAAUAGAUUUGCAAUCAAUUAUACACCUUGGAUGCAAAGCGUCGCAGAGAUCUUGUUGAGAGCUGCAAAUAGUGUCUCAUGCUCUAUCAUCACGUUCCCUGCUCCCCAAUUACCAUGGUUACAUGCAUGUAGAAAAGGGAAGGCAAUCAACCAAAGAGAAUGAAACGCUGAGGGGCAGAAACAAAUUGAGUGGCUCUCUCACUCUCAACAAGGUCUCUGCUGCUAUUUGCAUCAAGUUUAUUGGGAAACCUCUCAAACAUUUUUAAAUUUGCUUGGCUUGUUCACUGGUACAAUAUUGUAUUGUACCAGGUUGUCACCAUUAAAGACCUCUUCAGUAUCAGAAAAGCUUAUUCAUGCAAACAUUUCUGUGGUUAUGCUCCAGACAUGAAACUGCUCAGAUUUCAAUUGUAUCUGCAUCUACUCGCCCUGCUGUCAUUUCAAGUGAGAUUUGUAUUAAGUUAAUUCAUAAUAAUUACUGAAGGAGUUUAUAAAAUUAUUAACAUUAUUCAUGAACCUCACAGCCUGAUGUCACAUUUGUGUUUGGCUGUUGACAGAUUUUAUGAUACUGUGUUUGUAAAAUGUAAUCUGAAUAAAAAUUUACCAGAUAUCAAAUGUAA